ACAGAAACCCAGAAGAUUCAACUGCAAGUUAACAGAACCAUGUCGACCGUAGCAGCUUCAAGUUCUAAUCAAGCUGAACAACAGUUUGUCAAUACUUAUUUGGAUUUCUUAUCCUUGUCAAAGGAUGCCAGUCCAGAUCAAUUUAAUUCCACCCAAGAUUACGACAAAAUAGAAUCAUUAGGACCUAGUUUACCGCCAUACAAGUACAAAUUCCCAAAGGUUGUAUCCGCAACCAGUGAAAGAACCUUGACAUUGAAGUUCAAGUCUAUCAAACCACCAUUUAAAUUCACUUCUGAGUUACAUGAUAUCCCUGAAUCCUUCACUAUUCAUCGAGUUAAGGAAGCAUUAAUUAAGGCCCAGGACGUAUUGAAUCAAGCAGGUGCCAAACCAGACAAUUUAAAGCUUAUGUUGAAGUCAAAAGUUGUUCAAGAUUCGUCCACAUUAGGAGAUGUUAGUCCAGAAGAUGAAGUCAGUUUCAAUUGCAUGGUAUCUGCCCCGAUUGCUACAACCAAACCAGAGGAGCCUACUAACGUAACUAGUGCUGGCACCGUCGCUAGUUCUGGUGCCACCUCUUCUACAACUACUACUCCAUCUUCUACCCAUUCUACAACAACUACUACUACCAAAGAAUUAGAUGGAAUUUCUCCUGAAGCAUGGCAACAAAUAUACUCUGUAUUACUACAAGACUUGAACGACCAACAAAAGGCACAAGAUAUCUUGUCCAAAUUCAAACAAUUAGCUUAGACAUUUCUUUUAAUUUUAAUAUAUAUAUAUAUUUAUCUACAAUGAAUACGCAACAUCUCACAGGAGCACACCACCGAAAAUUUAUCACACUCCUUUUCUAAACACCAAUACUAAUUCUUUUUAGCAUUCCAACUAUUGUAUUUCUUCACAAGCAAUUCAUUAAGGGAAUGACCUGGCUGUCUACCAACUUGUUUCUCAUACAGAUAAUAAGAAGCUACCCCAACAGCAAUUCCAAACAAAGGAUCUAAUGUCCUUGAUAUCAAGUAAGGGUAUUGCAUGACCUAACUGAUUCGUUUUU